AAGGGAGCUCAGUGGGUAGACUGGACUCUGGCCGCUAGCCUCGGGGGGCGUCAAGCUGUCCCGCCGGCUCCCAGUCACGGGGCUGAGGAGAUACUCGCCCCGUCACGGUGCCCUGCGGCCGCGUCCCCUCCCGCCGCCCGGUUACGGUGCCUUGAGGCCGCGUGCCUCCUGACCUGCCACGGUGCCUUCUCUCGCCCUAACCCAGCCCAUUACAGUCACUGAGGCCACGUCCUGUGCCCUGUCUCCUGCCUUGGUGUUCUGAGGUUCAGGUGUUCUGCUGGUGUGGAGGGGCAUCCCCAAAGGCCACAACAGCAGCAGCUGCAGAUAAAACAGACAGAUCUAUUGGAUUUACAGCCACAUCAGAAAGUGAAAGAUAAGUUUUUAAAACUCUUCCCUUAUUCACCCAGAAUUUUUUAAUAAAGCAUGCUUAUUGAAACUUCAGUUUUGGAAUGUCUUUGCACAGCACUACCCUCCCCACCCAGUAUGGGGGCUGGCCUAGGUGCAUGCCCUCCGGAAUGUUUCCCCUCAUCCCCCAGGGGGGUAUGCCCCACAGUUUGGAGCCCACUGGACUAGAUGAUUAGAAUGGUCUGUUCUGCCCUUGAAAUGUAUAAAUAUAUGAUUUUUCCUGCAAUUUCUCCAUGAACAAGACACUUAUUAAAAUUGUAUUUUGCACUAUUUUUAGAAGGUUUAAAACCUGAAACCUGUAGUAAGAUACAUGCAUGUACACCCUUGUACCUGCCCAAAGUCCCAUAAACGUCACUGGGGCUCCACACAUGAAGGGUAAAUUAAUACGCUAUGUACUGUUCUUAGGGAAGGCAAUGUUGAAGCAUGCUUUGCAUUUGCCUUGAAACAUAGGGGGAGUUGUGGUAAUAAGACUGGUACCUAAAAGAUUUCCUAUCUUGAGUUGAGUUACAUGUUGCUCAUUACAGUAGCAUCUGAGCAUCUUACAACUGUUAAUGUAUUUAUUGUCACAACAUCUCUGAGAGAUAGGAAAGUGCUAUUAUCCCCAUUUUAAAGAUAGGCACAAAGAUACCAAGUUACUUUCCCCUGGUCACACAGGAAGCCUGUGUCAGAGCAGGGAAUUGAGCUCAGAUCUCCCAAGUUUCAGACUAGUGCUCAUUACAACCAUACAUCCUCUCAUAUUAUCCUGGGCUCAGGUCAUGUAGUACUGUGAAAUAAGGACCAAGUCUGUAAACUUAAUGUGAUACUCUAUUGGAAGCCAGUGAAGAGAUUGAAGCACCAGGAUACUGUAUUGGUGGUAAUCUGUGCCCUCAGUGAGGCAUGCUGUUGCAUUCUUUACCCACUGCAGUUUACUCAAGGCUUAUGUUUUUGAGCCCAAGUAAAGUGCAUUGCUAUAAUCCAUUUGGGAGGUAUUCUUAUGACCAGGUCAGUGGUAGCAAGAAUGGGACAAAAUCUUCCUAAUUGUUUGGUGAUGAUAGAAAAAGUGUCAUACAUGCUUUUUUUGCAAGAACUUUGUGUCUGGGAGGAGGCUAGAAAGACUGCCAAGAUGUGGACUGUCUUGAUGUUCUGUGGGCAUGCAUUGUCGACUGGAGAGAGCUGCAACUUGAUGGCCAGCUGUUUGAAGUGUUAACCUCUGUCUUGUUGGGAUUCAAUUUCAAUAAGCUCUACCUGAGCCAUGUGCUAAUAUUGGCCAGUCACUGGGAAAACGGGAUGACCAUAUUGUUAGCCUAUGUUGAAAAUGACAAAUUUGGGUCAUUUUCAUGUUGUUGACAUUAUAGCCCAUGAAGUCUUCCCAUUUCUCCCAUUGGCUAAAUGUAAAUACUUACUGAAAUUGGGGAGAGAAUUAAUCCAUGUGGUUCUCCACAAAUGAAAAAUCUGGUAGCAAAGGUAGCUUCUGUAUGUGACUCUCAAGAAAGGAUUCAUAUAAUUAGAGAGCAUUUCUUUGGAGCACUGUCAUUUCCCUCAGAUGGGAUAAUAAUGUCUUGCAGUCAGACAUAAUGAAUAUUGCAGAGAGGUCCAGGAGUGAGACAAUGGACAUUUGUUCUUUAUAUGUAGUAAGAGAUCUUCCAUUAGCAGUAACAGUACUGUUUCUGUUCUGUAUCCUGGCCAAAACCAGACUAUGUUAGAUCGUUUCCUUAUCCCCCAAACAGAAAAGGAAGGACAAGGUUUAGCAUUUUUGAUAAACUUCUUUUUUCUCUGCAAGGAAAAGAUCAGCCUCCUUUAAAAAAAUCUUAGUGAUACAAAAAAGGGCACUUGGUAGGCAUGCAGAUUUUAAAAUGUUGUCCAGAGAUUUUUUCAAACUGCAAAUAUUUACAUCAACAAUUGCUGUGGUACUACAUCCAGUGAGGUAUCUUGCAUCUCACACAGAAGUAUAUUUCAACAAGCCACAUGAGUCAUAGGCACUCAGCACAAUGAUGUACACAGUAUGAAAACAGAUGCAUGUUACUUAUCUAGGAACUUUAAUUUUGUAACAUUUAAAGGGCCUUUUGUUUGUUUGCUUGUUUCUAGACUUUUGCAGGUAUAAUAUAACCUUUUUAACAGUGUAACUUUUAAGUGCCAAGGACACUGGCAGUUUUCCUGACAUUGACAGAACAUUAUCAUUCUCCCUUUUAACACAGAAACAGACCUUAAACAUUUUCUGACCUCAUCUGGCUAUUUCAUAAAAGAUAAUUAAAUGUACAUAUGUAUAUCUAGUGUAUAUCAAAUCUUCUUGAUUUGAUAAUUUAACAUUGUGUUUCUUUUUCUUUCAUUUUAAAGAUGUUGGAGUUGCCGGUGUUUUAAAGUCUCCGUCAUUGUUGAGAAUCAUUCGCUUGGUGCGGAUUAGCCAAAUCCUGAGACUAAUAUGGCAAGCCCAAGGAAUUAGAACUCUCCUUUUUACAUUAUUGAUGUCCCUUCCUGCUCUGUUCAAUAUUGGUGUCCUACUUUUUCUGAUCAUGUAUAUUUAUGCUAUUUUGGGCAUGGCUUACUUCGCCUGUGCUAAUUGGGUGGGAUUGAUAACAUUUUCAACUUCCAAACCUUUGGUGGCAGCAUGCUCUGUCUCUUCCAGAUCACAAUGUCAGCCGGCUGAGAUGGUCUUCUUAACCCUUUCGUAGGGACAAGAUUUGACUCUUGUGCUCCAAAGUUAAAGAUAAGGAGUACUUGUGGCACCUUAGAGACGAACCAAUUUAUUUGAGCAUAAGCUUUCGUGAGCUACAGCUCACUUCAUCGGAUGCAUUCUGUGGGGAUAUUCUAUCUACUACCCAAGAUCCAUAAACCUGGAAAUCCUGGGCGCCCCAUCAUCUCAGGCAUUGGCACCCUGACAGCAGGAUUGUCUGGCUAUGUAGACUCCCUCCUCAGGCCCUACACUACCAGCACUCCCAGCUACCUUCGAGACACCACUGACUUCCCGAGGAAACUACAAUCCAUCGAUGAUCUUCCUGAUAACACCAUCCUGGCCACUAUGGAUGUAGAAGCCCUCUACACCAACAUUCCACACAAAGAUGGACUACAAGCCGUUAAGAACACUAUCCUCGAUAAUGUCACGGCUAACCUGGUGACUGAACUUUGUGACUUUGUCCUUACCCAUAACUAUUUUACAUUUGGGGACAAUGUAUACCUUCAGAUCAGCGGCACUGCUAUGGGUACCCGCAUGACCCCACAGUAUGUCAACAUUUUUAUGGCUGACUUAGAACACCGCUUCCUCAGCUCUCGUCCCCUAACACCUCUACUCUACUUGCGCUAUAUUAAUGACAUCUUCAUCAUCUGGACCCAUGGAAAAGAAGCCCUUGAGGAAUUCCACCAUGAUUUCAACAAUUUCCAUCCCACCAUCAACCUCAGCCUGAUCCAGUCCACACAAGAGAUCCACUUCCUGGACACUACAGUGCUAAUAAACAAUGGUCACAUAAACACCACCCUAUACCGGAAACCUACUGACCGCUAUUCCUACCUACAUGCCUCCAGCUUUCACCCUGACCACACCACACGAUCCAUCGUCUACAGCCAGGCUCUGCGAUACAACUGCAUUUGCUCCAACCCCUCAGACAGAGACAGACACCUACAAGAUCUCUAUCAAGCUUUCUUACAACUACAAUACCCACCUGCGGAAGUGAAGAAACCGAUUGAUAGAGCCAGAAGAGUUCCCAGAAGUCACCUACUACAGGACAGGCCUAACAAAGAAAAUAACAGAAUGCCACUAGCCGUCACCUUCAGCCCCCAACUAAAACCCCUCCAACGCAUUAUUAAGGAUCUACAACCUAUCCUGAAGGAUGACCCAACACUCUCACAAAUCUUGGGAGACAGGCCAGUCCUUGCCUACAGACAGCCCCCCAACCUGAAGCAAAUACUCACCAGCAACCACAUACCACACAACAGAACCACUAACCCAGGAACCUAUCCUUGCAACAAAGCCUGUUGCCAGCUGUGCCCACAUAUCUAUUCAGGGGACACCAUCACAGGGCCUAAUCACAUCAGCCACACUAUCAGAGGCUCGUUCACCUGCACAUCCACCAAUGUGAUAUAUGCCAUCAUGUGCCAGCAAUGCCCCUCUGCCAUGUACAUUGGUCAAACUGGACAGUCUCUAUGUAAAAGAAUAAAUGGACACAAAUCAGAUGUCAAGAAUUAUAACGUUCAUAAACCAGUCGGAGAACACUUCAAUCUCUCUGGUCACGCGAUUACAGACAUGAAAGUCGCUAUUUUACAACAAAAAAACUUCAAAUCCAGACUCCAGCGAGAAACUGCUGAAUUGGAAUUCAUUUGCAAAUUGGAUACAAUUAACUUAGGCUUGAAUAGAGACUGGGAGUGUCUAAGUCAUUAUGCAAGGUAGCCUAUUUCCCCUUGUUUUUUCCUACGCUCCCCCCCCAGACGUUCUUGUUAAACCCUGGAUUUGUGCUGGAAAUGGCCCACCUUGAUUAUCAUACACAUUGUAAGGAGAGUGAUCACUUGAGAUAAGCUAUUACCAGCAGGAGAGUGGGGUGGGGGGAGGUAUUUUUUCAUGCUUUGUGUGUAUAUAAAAAGAUCUUCUACACUUUCCACAGAAUGCAU